CCACGCAUACCGCUUCGCCGCCGCUUCACCGCCGCUUCGCCACCCCUUCCGCGCAGGGAGUGACCUACAAAAAGUUGCAUCCUUUUCCGCUACCCCUUUUGGACACUCUCCUGCUCGCGUUUAUCAUGUAGGAGGGCCUCCCCCCUUCCGGACUCUAUUCCCCUCAAAAUAUACCUGCAGAGGGGGUUUGAUCAUCUGCGGAAUUGCCUCUCCGAGCAGGGGUUACACUCCCCCGGGGGUGAAGAGAAUGAACAGGGGAGGGUAGAGCAGCAGGCCAAAGAGGGGGCCCACCAUGCGAUAACAAAAAAGGGAAUCCCCAUUUGGAGCUCUCCCUUUGGCGAGGCCCACUUUGACGAGGCUCAUUUUGAGGAGUCGCCCCUUCAUGCGGCCCCCACUUCGCUCCCCCCCCACAUGUGAACCUCCAAACGCGCAAAAUGAAUUGCACCGUCUUGUUCUUCGUGGUGGCGACCAUUGUGACGGUGCUCGACCGUUGGGAGAAGAUCCCCAAGUUUUACGCGAGAAAGUUAGCCCAUAUGCUGUGCGGCCUAAUCAUCCUCCUCUUUGACAUUAGCAUCAACGGGAAUAGAAGGGCGCCUCACGUGAAUGACGGCGCGAACACCGGGAAGGGAACCCACUGCGUCCUGUACAUUUAUUUGAUAGCUGCCACGUCUAUCCUCCGAUGCUUCAUCUGCCCGUUCAGAUUCGGCGCCUACCGAGACAAAGGAAUCAUCAUUUAUAACAUCAUCGUGUCCCUUUUUUUUUUCCUCAAGCUGCCGCUCUACGUGCUGACGCCCAUCUUCUUUGCAGACCCCAUGGCGGCCAUCGUGGGCAGGCAGUUCCCCGCCUACUCCAUCUACAAGAGGAAAACGCUGCACGGCACGCUGGCCUGCUUCUUCGUGUCGCUGGUGUCCCUCUACUACGUGCAGAACUGCCUGCACGCGCUCCUCCUGGGCGUGGCCCUCAGCCUGCUGGAACUCUUUGGCGGCGCCCUAGACAACCUCUGCAUGUGCUUCCCCAUCUUCCUCUACAUGAUGUUUUUUAACGUGUAG